AUGAGACCCCAAUUAUUCAUCAUUCUAGUUUUAGUUUCAACAAUUGAUGCGAAAAAGAACAAAUUAAAGUCAUGCAAACGAACAGCAUUUAGUCGGCACACGACCAAUUAUCAAGCAUGGCGAGAACAAAUGACGGUUUGCGAUCUACUUCAAGACUAUGAUGCCGCUGUGAGACCAUCUGGAAGAACGCCAUACAAUGAUACAAAAGGUGCUGUAAUUGUGACAACAAGCAUGGAAAUCCGAUCAAUAUCCGCUGUAUCGGAAAAGAAUAUGGAGUUCGUUGCUCAGUUCCGUUUCAAACAGGAAUGGUACGACGAUCGUUUGCGAUUCAUCGAGCACCAAGGACUCCUGUCGCCCGACUAUCGCAAUUUCGAGUUCAUCCAUGUUGCUCGCGAUCAGAACCUUUGGAUUCCGGACACAUUCUUCCAGAAUGAGAGAAAUGGAUGGUAUCAUAUGUUGGAUCAGGAAAAUCGCUUCCUGAAAAUCCGUUCGGAUGGAAAAUUGUUCUAUGACCGUCGAUUGACAUUGCAUUUAGCGUGCUCGAUGCAUUUGUCGAGAUAUCCAAUGGACCAUCAGAAUUGCGAAAUCGCUUUUGCUUCAUAUGCCUACACAACAGCCGACAUUGAAUAUGUAUGGGAUACGCCGCCAGUUUUGAUGCACGAAGGAGCCAAUGGAGCAUUGCCCAACUUCGACAUAGUUUCUUUAAAAAAUGGAUCAUGCACUUCGACGACGAAUACAGGUUCAUAUUCUUGUCUCAAAGUCGAAAUUCGUCUCAACCGUGUGUUCUCGUUCUUCCUACUCCAGCUCUACAUUCCAUCUUCGAUGCUUGUCGGUGUCGCAUGGGUCUCGUACUGGAUCGACUGGAAAUCGACGGCCGCUCGUGUUCCGCUAACUAUCAUCACACUUCUUUCAAUGAUCACCACCUCGCAUGCAAUCAACUCAAAUUUGCCGCCAGUCAGUUAUGCGAAAUCGAUCGACAUUUGGGUGGGAGCAUGUGUUGUAUUCAUUUUCAUAUCUUUAAUUGAAUAUGCGGUUGUUAACUAUAUGGGCAUAAUGGAUGAGCACCGGCAAAUGAGAAAAGCGGCAUGUAAUCGAUCGAGAUUGUCGAAUGUUAUUGAUAAUGACAGUUUUGGCGACUCGACACAGCAAGCGCUCACGAUAAGCCCGCAUGAUAAAAAGAGUAUUGUUCGUCGUCGCAAUAAGAAGACAUUAGAAAUGCUCGAAGGCGAUUGCGAUUUUGAGGCGAUCGAAAUGUCGGAUCGCGGCCCGCCGCGUACUGCCGCCGGAAUGGAAGAGGGCUGGACGUUCCAUGACACAACCGAUCUAGUGUAUAUCGGACAACGAAAACGGGUCGAGCUCGUCCGAUGGUGCAGCGUUCUUUCAUCGCGUGGACGAGCCGAGCGAAUCGACAUUAUCGCUAGAAUAAUUUUUCCAAUUGCCUUCCUCCUGUUUAAUUUCGCCUACUGGAGCGUCUAUCUCGAGGAGAUCCCAGAUUAA